AUGCAUGGGUUCGCUUCUCGGCCAGGGACCGCGUGUCACUUCACGGAAGCGGAGAAGAUUCGACUCGUCGAAGAAGUUGAGCGGCGGAAAGCUAUCGUCAGAGCCAGAUUCAAUCGCGAUGUGACGUCGGAGGACAAACGUCGAGCUUGGAAAGAGAUCACGGACUCGGUGAAUUCCGUGAGCCCACCGGGGUCCGCAGGCCACACCCAAACCGAAUGCAAGAAAAAAUGGGACAACAUGAUGGUCUACUCAAAGAAGCUUUAUUGGCAAUUUAAACAGAAGUGCCAUCUCGCAGAAUUGAAGAAAUGCAGGCCGCCCAGACGUCUAUCGGAUGUCGUUUUGCGAGUGAUCCAGGUUAUUGGGGAGGAAGCGGUCGAAGAAAGCAUGCGAAACCUCACCGAGCAAGCGUACGGAAACCUCCAACAUACACUUCACCCUCAGAGCGCGUUCCCCGUUCGGCCCGACCAGAUGACCCUGAAACCUCAACUCCCGUGGUUGGAACCGGUCCCUACGCAGCUGAACGCAGCCGAUGCUCACAAGAACAUGCUGCUAAAUUUCGCGGCGGCCAUGGCUUCGUACUCAGCACUCGGUCAACAGACGCCAGAUGUGGCCGAUCACAGCUCCACUGUGGACGAGCAUGAAUCGUCUGACGAGCACCAACUGACAAACCCUUCACCAGCCGACCUCCGACCGCACAUACAUUCGCCUACGUCCAGUGGGGGAGGUCAGCUCGCGUCGUCAUCUUCCUCCGAUGAGAGAAUGGAAUCACAGGGCACGAAACGCAAAGCGUGCGAUGUGGGAGCCGACGAGGACGAGGACGACACCGUGGACGAGUUCCGGGAGGAGAACAGACCCACGAAACGCGCGAAUCUCAAGUCCGAGGCGACUUUGGAAUUCGUCAAAGCUCUCCAAGCUAUUCAAAAAGUAGCCGCGCAGCUUCAUGAGGCUCAGCAAUUCCAGCAGCGUCUCAUGGUUCUCAAAUUGCAGUACCUGCAGGAGCAACGGAACCAUCUCGUUCAGAUUGCGACGAAGACGCCGACGACGACGACAUCGACUGGACCUCAGAGUUGA